UUUUAGUAUUGUAUAUUGAUUUGAAUUUUAAUAUUUAUGAACAAUUCAAACCACUUAAAGCACUUUAUUUAUUAAAAACUUUAAACAAACAUUGACAACUUCAUUUAAAAAAAAAUAUAGAUUACUAAAAUUAUUAAUCCCACAAUGAAAAUUUUGUUAUCAGUAAUUUAUUUAUUUUUUGCUAUAAAAGAUACAAAUAAUAAACAAAUAUAUAAGUAGAAAGUAUUAUUUAAUAGACAUUAAUAUUAAAAAUAUACUAUAUAUGUUAAUAUUAUUUAAAUUUAAUUAUAUAUCCUAUCAAAUAGAAAAAAAAUAUUGUUUGGAUUAAUAAAAUUUAUUUAUAUGUUUACACCAAUUCAAUUAUAUAUGCAAUAAUUACUAAAUUUUUAAUUAUUAAAUAUAUAUAUUUAUUAUUUCAUAAUAUGUAAAAAAUAUAAAACCUAAGAUAACUUUUAUAUAUAAUAUUCAUCCCAGUCUUAACCUAACCUAGACCUAACCUAAAGUAUCAUAUAACCUAACCUUAUAUAUAAAGUUAACCUAAAGUAUCAGAGUGUAUAACCUAACCUAAAGUAUCAUAUAUAAAGUUAUAUAUGCAAUAACUUUUAUAUAUAAUGCUCUUAGGUUAUUUUUUUAAUGCUCUUAGGUUAUCAUCUCGAUAUAUAAUGGUAGCUGUGUACGUUGACCUCUCUACAUAUACCUCUCUGGCUCUCAGUCUCAUCAUCGGCUUAUAAGAAAGCGAUCAUGAAUAGAGCAGAAAAUUCAGAUUCCAUCCCAAUAGAUCUCAUUCUAGAGAUAUUCUCGAGAUUGCCUUCAAAAUCAGUAGGGAGGUUUCAUUGCGUGUCCAAGCUAUGGCGAUCCAUGCUUAGUAGUCCAUAUUUCAAAGAGUUGUACUUGACCAGGUCAUCUACUCGACCACGUCUCUUAUUUGUUGUCCACAGCGUUGGUGAGGAAGAGGAAGAGGAAGAUAAACUACACUUUUACUCGUCCUCACAGCCUCAAAUUCCUUAUGACAAGUCGUCUCUUGUAGUAGCCGCCGAUUAUCAUACGACGUUCCCUUCAGAACGUUGUAGCUAUGCAUCUGGUUUGAUAUGUUUCCGUGGAAAGGGCUGCUCAGGGGAGGAAGCAAUGACUCUGAUAUGUAAUCCUAUCACGGGACAGUAUGCGGAGUUACCUAAAGUGAUCAUGUACUUUCCGUCAACAGCUUUUUUAGGGUUUGAUCCAAUUGACAAACAAUUCAAGAUAUUGCUGGAGCAUUUUCGUUAUUCUUCUGCAACUCAUCGUCAUAUAAUUUUGACAUUAGGAGUUCCCAAACUUGGGUGGAGGAGUGACAUCUGUUGUCCAAAAUACUACUUAUAUUUGUCCGAAGGAAUAUGCAUCAGUGGAGUUAUAUACUACCUAGUUCGUGCAAGGUACUCAAAAGGAGUACUUGAAAUAGUUUGUUUUGAUGUUAGGUAUGAGGAGUUCAAGGUUAUUGAAGCACAAUGCUUUUACAAUCAUCAUCAAACUCUCCGAUUGAUAAACUAUAAGGGUAAAUUAGGUGGGAUUACUGGGAAUCUUAAUGACAGUGGUGCCAUUGAGUUGCGUAUGUGGGUUCUACAUGAUGUCGGGAAACAAGAAUGGUCGGAAUAUGUCUAUACUUUGCCUGAGAAUGAUGACAUUAAACUCCACGAUUUUACCGUUGCUGGAAUGACCACUAGAGGUGAAUUUGUUUUGUCUAUGAUCGAUACAUUUAAACCUUUUUAUGUUUUCUACUUCAAUCCCGAAAAGAACGCCCUCAGGAGUGUUGAAAUCCAAGGUUUUGGUGAGGAUGUUAGUAGCGUUGAAGUCUUUGUAGACCAUGUGGAGGAUUUCAACUUUUUAAGAAGAGAGUCUAGCUAGUUUGGCUGUUGUGAUGUUCAUGUGACUUAUCUCAUCUUCAAGUUUUUUUUUUUUUUUGGUAAAACAUCUUCAAGUUUUGUUGUGAGCUCUUAUCAUUCUGUUUGGCUUAUUAUACAUUAUAUACUUUCUUUCGGGUUUUCAUCUCUAUGCUCUCACUUCAACUAUCAGACCCGAUAGGGCGAAUCCACUCAAUGCUUUAGUGAAAUUCUCUUUAUUCUUUAAGAUUUGACGUCUAUAUCGUCAUUCUUUUAUAUUUUUAAAAAAUAUUAACGAUUUAUUUCUUGAUAGAUACUCAAGAACCAUUAAGGAUACGAAUGGUAACAUACGGGACAACGGUGGGAUAAGUGCGGUGCGAUUCAAAUAGUAACAAAGAUUGUAUAUAUAUAUAGGUAUAUAGGUAUACUAGAUGUUUUGCCCGCGAUGCGGGCUUAAAAAUUUUCCUAAAUUUUUGAAAAAUUCUUUGAAUACUAUACUAGUUAUAUUGUGUUUUCCAAAAAGAAUUCUUGCGAUCAGUUUAGUAUCAUCUAUGCAUUGUAUACUCUCGAAUAUAUAAAUACUAGUGGUUUUCCGGCGCUACGCGCCGGGUUCGUAUGUUUUAUUUUUAAAUAAAUUUACAAUUUAUUUUCUGGUCUUAAUAUAUAAAAUAUGUUCAAAAAUGUGAAAAUAAAAAUAUGUUAAAAGAGAAUGAUAUUUUUUGAUCCAUUUUAUAGUGAUUAACAAACAUCGUGUAUUACUUUUUUUAAGAGUUGUUUAGUUCAAAGUAAAACAACAUAAGUGAUUGUAACUGGUCAAUUUAAUAAAAAUAAAAUAAAAAACUCAAAAUCAUAAUAAAUUAAUUUAUUUAAAAUUUAAACAUACAGUAAAGUUGAUGUUUUCAUAAGGAAAAGUGAAAAUGUUUGUAUUUGUUGUGAUUAUAUAUCUAUAUCAAAGAUGUGAUAAUUUAUUGGGGGCAUCAUUGUGGGAGUAUUAGUUAAAUAUUUUGUCUUCAUAGGAAUCAUGAAUCCAGUAAGUUAAUUAUUGGUUGUCUUAUGCCAAUCUCAUUGCAUUUACAGUAUGCAUUAGAAUGAUUCAUUUGGGAGGCGGAUAGUUACCCUGCAACUUUACAGUUCAAUUAAAGUUUGAAGCUGCUUGUUAUGUGUCGGGAUAGUAAUUGUCGACGACGUUUAACGUAUCAUUGUUAUUAUUGCCGUGAACCUUAUCUUAGCUCUAAUUUUGACUUGCAAAAUGUUUCAAACUGUCACUUGCAGACGCGGAGUGGCCAAUACGUACCUUGGGCGCAACGAUGGUCGUGUCUUUUUCAAUGUUAUUGUUUUAAAUCUUGUGUGCUUAAGAAAUUCGGUUGGGAACUCCUUUUUUGUAAACUAAAUGCUUAAUGGUUUGUGAAUUUCUGGUUGUAUAAUUGAGAUUUGAUUAUUUUCAGUUUAUUACUUUAUUAUUCAUUGUGUUGCGAGCUUAGCAUGUUGUUUACGGGUGUCAUUGGAAAGUACAAAAUUUAUCUGUAGCCACGGUUUCAUAAGCAUUGCAAUUACAGAUCCACGUGAUGUAAAUCUUUGUUCUGAAAAUGAUUUGCAUUACUAAUUGAAACAACAACCACCAUGUAGAGUAGAAAAAGGAUAAAUAGAGCUAAAGAAAUUUGAAAGUUUAAAUAGGAGAAAUAGAACUAAAGAUAAUUGAAAGAUGAUUGAAAGAUGAUUUAUUACUAAUUAAAAAAAAACCACGACACUUGAGAAUUUUUAAAAAGGUAAUAGAUUU